AUGAAGAAGUUUGGUUUCGGAAAGAAAGGCGGCGACGAUGGUGAUGACGCCAGUCGCAAUGCUCUCUUUGGCGGUCGCAAAAAAGGGUCGGCCGGAGCUGCCCCAUCCGACAAUCCUUACGCACAGCAAGGCGCCCAAGGCGCCACCGAUCCGUACGCUGAUUCCGCAAAGUAUGCGAACAUAACACCCUACCAACAAGUCCGCUCCCAAGUAAGCGCUGGUGCACCGCCUGCGCCUGGCACUGGACAACAGGAUCAUUCAGGCCGUGCUGGCGGCCACGGGGGAUACAGCUCCGAAAAGUACGGGUCUGGAGGUGGUUAUGGCUCAAGCAGAUACGACAACAAUGCCAUAGCGGACCGACAUAGCGCUUCCACUGCCGGUGCUAGAGGGCCCGGCGGUUAUGGUGGCUUCGGACGGAACGUCCCAGAUGAGCAAGACAGCAACAGGGACGCUCUUCUUGGUGGUGCCCAGGAAAGAUAUAUCCAGAGACAGCAAGCAGCCGCGACUAACCCCGGCUAUGGACAGAGUGGCGGAUCUACUGCGGCGCAAGAUAGUUAUGGAGGGUACGGUGAUCAGCGAGAACUCACGGCAGAAGAACAAGACGAAGUCGAAACGCAAGCGAUCCUUGCUGAAAAACGCCAACUGCAGCAAGAGAGCUCCUCGUCAGUCACGCGCUCCGUCCAGAUGGCCAGACAAGCGAAUGAAGUUGGCCGUGCUACACUCGCGCGCCUCGGGGCCCAGGGCGAACGACUGUACAACACUGAAAAGAACUUGGAUCUUGCUGCGAACCAGAAUAAGAUUGCACAAGAUAGAGCUGCGGAACUGAAAACUCUGAACAGAAGCAUGUUUGCCGUUCACGUCUCCAACCCGUUCACAUCGAAACAGCGCCAGCAAAAGGCGGACGAUGAAGUCAUGAACCGUCAUCGAUCCGAACGUGAACAGAGAGAGGCCACCCGACGCGAGGGCUUCUCUGCUAAUCAGCGCAUGGAAUCCAACCUUCACGAUAUCAGUGCCAUUGGUGGCGCUAGAUCCCAGCAGCGUACCAAGAAAGACUAUGGCAAAUUCAAUUUGGAAGACGAAGAGGGCGCCGAUGAGCUCGAGGACCAGAUUGACGAUGGUAUCAACGAGCUCGAGGGGCAGGUCUCCAUGAUGAACAUGGUCGGGCGUGCUAUAGGGAAGGAGGUGGACUCGCAGAACAAACAAAUCGACAGAAUUAUGACAAAGAGCGAUGCUGUAGACGAUGCUACUCGCAUGAACCGUGAGAGAUUAGCCCGCAUCAAAUGA